AUGAUAAUUUUCUCUUUAAAGGAUCUGGCAAUUCAAGACGUAGCUGUGUGUAACUGUCACUCUGACAAUCGACUUUCAGAAAUGCUGGCUUUUGUGAAAAAUGGUUUUUCUUGGACUAAAAAGUCGGAAUCUGAGAGACAGAACUUUGGACUGCAGCUGCAACAUGCAUUAGAAGAUUUUAAUGAAAUUUUUAUUCCUCACAUGCAGGAAGAAGAAGAGGUUUUUCAGCCAAUGUUGGUAAAAUACUUUGAAUAUGAAGAACUAAAAUCUUUGAAAGCCACAGUGAUUGAAGAACAUUACAAGUGGCAGGCGUUGAACUCUGAGAAAGAACAGAAAUAUUCGAAAGAAGAGGAAAUAUGUGAAAGUAGUAAGUAUAUGUUUUUAUAGUAUGACAAGUGACUC